AUGCCUCCCAAUUUUCUUAUAGGCCUUGAGUGGAACGACUACAAGCUUAAAUGGAACCCAGAGGACUAUGGUGGAGUUGAUACCUUGCAUGUCCCGUCUGAACACAUCUGGUUACCUGACAUCGUACUAUACAAUAACGCUGAUGGUAACUACGAGGUGACGAUAAUGACGAAAGCUAUCCUCCACCAUACUGGAAAAGUCGUCUGGAAACCUCCGGCCAUCUACAAGUCCUUCUGCGAGAUCAACGUGGAGUACUUCCCAUUUGAUGAGCAGACAUGCUUCAUGAAGUUCGGUUCAUGGACAUACGACGGAUACCUCGUGGACCUGAGGCACAUGUCGCAGUCUCCAGACUCAGACACUAUCGAAAUCGGGAUUGACCUUCAGGACUAUUACCUAUCCGUCGAAUGGGACAUCAUGAAGGUACCAGCCGUCCGAAACGAAAAGUUCUACUCCUGCUGCGAGGAACCCUACCCGGACAUCAUCUUCAACAUAACCCUGAGGAGGAAGACGCUCUUCUACACGGUCAACCUAAUAAUCCCCUGCGUUGGAAUAUCGUUCCUGUCUGUGCUAGUUUUCUACCUGCCGUCUGACUCUGGGGAGAAGGUGUCCCUUUGUAUAUCCAUCCUUCUCUCGCUCACUGUGUUCUUCCUCCUGCUCGCCGAAAUCAUCCCACCGACCUCACUCACUGUCCCCCUCCUCGGCAAGUAUCUCCUCUUCACGAUGAUGCUUGUGACGGCAUCCGUCGUCGUCACCAUAGCCGUGCUCAACGUUAACUUCCGCUCACCAGUCACUCAUCGCAUGAAGCCUUGGGUACACAGGGUCUUCAUUCAGGUACUGCCAAAAGUUUUGUUCAUCGAGAGGCCCAAGUCGGAUGACUCUGUAGACGAUGAUGAUGAAGACAAGCCUCCAGAGGCCAUCAUCACCAACGCCUUUCAAGUUCCUCCCGAUGUUAACAAAUAUCUCGGUUACAGUAGUAAGCGAGUCAGCUGUGGGGAGUUGGAGCUCCCCCCACCUCCAGGAGGUGAUGAGGAUCUCUUCGGCGGUGAUGUCUCCCCCACCUUCGACAAACCGCUUUCUUUAGAGAAGACUAUCGAAGACGCCAGGUUUAUUGCUCAACACGUUAAGAACAAAGACAAGUUCGAUAAUGUGAUAGAAGACUGGAAAUAUGUAGCGAUGGUGCUCGAUCGCCUCUUCCUAUACGUGUUUACAGUGAUGUGCAUCUUAGGAACUGCCCUCAUUAUCCUCCAAGCCCCUUCACUCUAUGACACCACUAAGCCUAUAGACAUCCUCUAUUCAAACAUUGCCAAAAAGAGGAUGAGGAUGAUGAUGGGGCCGGAGGAAGAUUAGUGAAGUUUAUAAUUAAGAUAAAACUCUAAAUUAUAUGUUUAUACGGGUCAAAGUAGUCUAAACUUGCUUGCCUUAAAU